AGGAGUGUCUUUUCUGUGCAACUGCCUAGUGCUGUGAAACUUUCUUCGUCUGCACCUUUGAUGUGGGCCAUCUGGAGAGGAAAAUCUCAUCAGCCUCUAGAAAUGCAGCCAGGUUUAUGAUCACUUUCUUUUGCAGUUGACUUUUAAGGGAGAUAAUCUUAUCAGGAGGAGGUCUGAAGGAAAGGCGAGUUACAGGUGAUAAGAAAUGAGUGUGAUGAUGCCCUCGUUGCUGCUGUUCCUUCUCCUGGUCAGCUUCGGCUCACCUGCACCCAGGUCUUCGGAAAAAGAUAUCUGCCUCCUAGACAACAGUAAAUUAAGACAAAGGUUAAAACAGCUUCAAGAUUUGCUUUACUUAUAUGAACUGCAACUGAAGGACAUCCUGGAGAACACUUACCAUAGAACAAAAAGUGGGCUGUUCUCAGGCAACAGGAGCGUGCAGCAUGAGGUGCUUUUACCCACAACCAGCGGAAAUUUGAUAGUCUAUGACCAAGAUUGCUCUGCGGUGUAUAAUCGGAAGAAGACCAAAAAUGGCUACUACCGGAUCCAGCCCAGAGCAGACCGAGAGCCUUUCCUGGCAUACUGUGACAUGUCUGACGGUGGGGGGUGGACUGUCAUUCAGCGGCGGAGUAACGGCAAGGAGAAUUUCAACAGGAAAUGGGAUGAUUACAAACAGGGAUUUGGGAAAUUCCAGGGCAAGAAUGAUGAAUAUUGGCUGGGCAACGACCACAUCUAUGACCUGCUCGCUAGAGGAGAGAGCUCAUUAAAGAUUGACCUGAUGGACUGGCAUGGGGAAAGACGUUAUGCAGUCUAUGAAAAUUUCCAGCUUGCAAAUGAGCAGGACAAUUACAGGUUAUGGUUUGGCACCUAUUCUGGUAACGCUGGCGACGCUCUGUCUGGUGGGAGCAAUUUUGAAGAUCAGUGGUCAGCCUCUCACAGAGGGAUGCAGUUCACCACAUCUGACAAGGAUCAUGAUCGAUUCCUGGCAGGCAACUGUGCAUCAGAGAACAAGGGCGGUUGGUGGUUUAACAGGUGCCAUGCCGUAAACCUCAAUGGACGAUACUACAGAACAGGAAGGUACAAUGGAUCCCAUGACAAUGGCAUGGUUUGGUCUACGUGGCAUGGGAUGUGGUACUCGCUAAAAUACUCGGCCAUGAAAAUCAGGGCUCCGUUCUUUGUUGACAGCGAGAGUGGAGAUGGUGAGAACAGUCAGGGGAGCUGAAACCUGCUGCUUUGGAAAAAGUACAGGCUGAAAAGAAUUGUGUAAUAGCCAGCUCUCUGCUGCUGCCCAUCGCCAAAUCUGCACUGUGAUAAGUGGAGUUGCACCUGUUUCUACUAGCUGAAGCUAAUGUCACGAGUUGUUUGAGCACAGGCAGCCAACAAUUUAAUGGAAAACAUAUGGAUCUCAGUCAUGGAAUAACCACAGUUUUCUUUUUCAGCGAUUUUCAGGACUUCAUUGGAGAGCGUUUAUGAAAAGCUCUCUGGACCUUGAAUGAUCAAGCAUGUUCUUUUAGCUAUCUGUACUCUUCAAGGGCUAAAUCCUUCUCAUCUUGAUUUUAACCGUCAGUGCUUCAGUUACAAGAAUGUAAGAAUAGAAACAACAAGGUGAUGGGGAAUUGGACUUCAUCUGAUGUGCCUUUGUUAGUGCUUUGUUCUGGAUUGGGAGAAUGUUUUUAAGCAACUCUCCCUAUGGUCCCCAAUUGCCACACUUCAGUUGCAGAGCGCUCCUGGAGUGUGUGAAACCAAACCAGUGGAUGGACGUGCUCCAAAUGUUAAUGUGCAUCCUGACUAAGGCUACUUCAAAGUAAAGCCCCACAACACGGACAGUGUGGACACUGGGUUUCACUGCCAACAGCUUCCCGCUGCAGAUCCACUUCUAUAGCACACUGCGACACAUUAUUGCAGACAAAGACAAUGCUGCCGCCGACGAGACUUAAGCCCCAGAUUAAAAUUAGGCAGAUUUUACUAAAUUUAAGAUGAGCACAGAUAUUCUUAGGAGUUCAUAAAAUGCAGUGAUGAUUCAUUUGUACGUUCUCGUGUCAUUUACCAGAUGACUUUGAGUUAGUGAAGGGGAAUCAGAAAGUGCAAAGUGAUUGAACCAUAAGGCACACUGCCUUCAUUGUCUCAUCGGAGUGAAACGAAAGAGCAACACAAAUGACUGAAAGAAAUGGAAUACUGAAAAUUUAUUUUCCACAAGUUGUUAAUAACAACAGUUAAAAAUGAACAGUGAUAUCACCUUGAUGCAGAUCAUUUAACUACCAUGUUGUAGAAUGAGCCUAUUUUUUUUCUGAAUUACAAUAAUUUUUUAAACUGGUAGUUCUUUGCCAUUUACUUGCUAUUAGAUCCAUACAUAUUGUAAUUUGUAUUAUAUAUCCAUAAAGGGUGAAAUAAAACCAUCUGAGUAGGACUUAGCACUUUGCAUCUGGUUUUCAACAGUAGGAAUCU